UGAACAUACAUACAUACAUACAGAUAACAGCUCUGUACUGCAAUCAUGGAAUCCUCUACAGUGUUCUCUGCUCCUCAAUUCCCUUUUUCUCUACCAAAAUCGCCUGGCGCAAAUAGGUCUCUUGUCUUCAGUUCCAGGAAAUCAACAGCUCCUCUCCAAUGCCACAAGAUGUAUGUGCCUGGUUUUGGAGAGGCAUCGCCUGAAUCUAAAGCAGCGAAGCACCUUCACGACUUCUUCACUUAUGUUGCAGUUAAAAUUGUCAAUGCACAGCUUCAGAGCUACAACCCAGAGGCGCAUGCAGAUUUAAUGCAGUUCCUAGAAAAACAUUCGCUGAGCGAUGGGGAUAGGUUCUGCGCUGAAUUGAUGAGGGAAUCAUCCAGACACAAAAGUUUAGCUCUGCGCAUAUUAGAGGUUCGAUCUGCCUAUUGCAAGAAUGAUUUUGAAUGGGAUAAUUUGAAACGAUUGUCAACAAAGCAGAUGGUGGAAGAACGUAACAUUAGAUUGAUGAGGGAUUAUGUGUCAGAAACAAGCACAACGUGAGCAGUAAUGUUUUCAUCUUCUCUGCAGCGACAGUAUCGCUCUGGCGACUAUCAGUGUGCAUGUAUUGUUACAAAUAUAGCACCGAACUCAAACUAUAAUGUAUAUACACAUCUUGAGGGCCA